GCCAUGUUUAAAAUAAAAACAACAGUGGCCAAAACCUACAAAUCGCAGUGCCCAAGGUGCACGAAUCGCACUAAGUUGGUAGGAAAACUUGUCAUCUUAGCAUUUAUAUUGUUGCUAAUUGAGUGAAACUUGUCUUGAAUCUAUCUUAUAAAUAAUACAGAAUGGCUGCUGUUCUGCAACAAAAAAGAGAUGGAUCUGCCACAUACACCUUUUCUAGUCGUCCAAGGGCAAUACAACAAAGAAAAAAAUAUCGAGAUCCUCUUGAACAGGAGCCACAAACUCAAAUGUAUGGGAACAUUAUGUACGAUAGAAGAAUAGUUCGUGGAAAUACGUAUGCUCAAAAUAUUCUGCCUGCAACUGCACAACCAGAUCCAAUUGAACUUCAAAAACAACAAGAAAUUAAGCGAAGGGCCAUUGCAAGAAAGCAUGCAAAGCAACAAUUCAAACCUAGAACUCCUGAACCUGUUGAAGGACGAAAGCAUAUUGAUGUACAAACAGAGUUAUAUUUAGAAGAACUUACUGAUAGAGUUGAGGAAGCAGAUAUCUGGACACAAACAGAUGCUUUUUUAGAUCGCCCUCCAACACCUUUAUAUAUACCUGCAAAAACAGGAAUUGAUGCAGCAACUCAAAUUUUAGAAGGAGAGCUUUUUGAUUUUGACAUCGAAGUAAAACCAAUCUUGGAGGUGUUGGUUGGAAAAACUGUUGAGCAGUCAUUGCUAGAAGUAAUGGAAGAAGAGGAGCUGUCUAACCUUAGAGCUCAGCAGCGCCGCUUUGAGGAAUUGCGCAACGCAGAGCUUGUUGAAACCCAGAGGUUAGAAGAGCAAGAGAGACGUCACAGAGAAGAAAAAGAACGAAGAAUGAGGCAACAACUGGAAGUACUUAAGAAAGAAAAAGAAACAACAAGUAAAAUUGCAGCGAGAGCAUUUGCACAGAGCUAUCUUGAAGAUUUGGUACCAUCUGUAUUUGGAACUCUACAUGACCAUGGUUAUUUCUAUGAUCCAGUGGAAAGGGAUGUUGAAACAAGUUUUAUGCCAUGGUUGAUGGAAGAAGUGACAAUUGAGUUAAAUAAAAGCCGUGUGGCUAGAGCAGUCCUUGAUAGUAUCAUCCGUGACACAGUAUGCGAAAGACAUAAUGUAUACUCAAACUUGGAUACAGAAUUGGAACAAAAGAUUCUUGCUGCAAUUAAGGCAGCUACUCAAGCCGUUAAAUUACCAACACCACCUGCCACUGCUGAAGAGGAAGCUAAAGAGACUGUUAGUAGUCCAGAAAAAGAUAGUCAAUUAAAUCAACCAGAAGAAAAUUCAGAAGAGAACACUGAAAAAGAAGCUGAAGGUGUAGAAAAUGAAACUGAACAGACUGUUACUGACCGGCAAGAGGAUAAUAAUGAAUCUAGUCAGCCAAAAGAACCUCCUAGUGAUGAGGUCACUGAACAACCUUAUGUAGAGGAAGAAUCCUAAAUUUAAUUUAUUCUGUAUUUUACAUGCUGUAGAUUUUGUAUAUCUAAGAUUUCUAUUCAAAUUUUAAAAA